UGUUUUUCAUCGAGUAUAUAAUUAAAACACAACAAGCAUGCAAUAGACACAUACUUUUCUCCAUUUUCUACCUUUUUCUAUUUUUAUCCCUCUUAAAAUUCACCAUAGAUAUAGAAAGCUCUGCUCUCUCAAUACACAGAGAGAGAGAGAGAGAGAGAGAAAGAGAGAGAGAGGGAGGAACAAAAAAACAAAAAAGCAAUUCCACAAUCUAAAAGAGAGACAGAAGACUCAAAUAAUUGGUGUGGUUUUAUAAGCUUAACCAAAGUUUAAGUCUUUUACUUGUUCCAUGGCUUAACAUGAUCCACUUUCUCAAGGUCUGUCUUUUUCAUAUCUAAUCAAAAGGGCUUCGAGUUUGGACUUGGAUCUCCGGGAAUCCAAAGGAAAGUUCGGAUUUUUAGAUUAGUUUUAGGGAUUUGAUUUCGAUUCCAAAGUGCUAAAGUUUGCUCCUUUUUAGUUGAUUUGUAGGGAGAGGGGGGGGGGAUGGUGAGGGUUUAGAGGUAGUUUUUGGGGUUUGUUUUGUUGGAUUAUGUGGAUGGCUACUCGAUCUAGUUCUGGGUUCGGUCAUGAAGGUUCUUUGAGUUCUAUAAAUUUUCAGACGAAUACUUCUUCUUCAGAGAUGGGUCCUUACUUUGGUCGGAGUGGUGCCUUGUUGGGGAUGAAUAUGAUGAGCAGUAAUGCUAAUUCUGGGCUUGUUCAAAAUGGGUAUUCGUCAAAUUCUUCUCUUGAUUCGGUUUCUGGGCUCAAGCCAGAUACUCCCUUGGCUACUGAAUGGUCAACUGAAGAACAGCUCAGACUGGAGGUUGGCCUUGAGAAUUAUAAGGAUAAGCCAAGUAUCAUGAAGUAUAUUAAAAUUGCAGCCACUUUACCUGACAAAACUGUUCGAGAUGUUGCUUUAAGGUGUAGAUGGAUGACGAGAAAGAGAAGGAAAGCAGAAGAAAUAAACUGUGGAAAAAGAAUAAGUUAUAGCAAGGACAAGCAGGUGGAAUUGACUUCGAGCAUACCUUCUGUUUCGCCUUCUAGCAUGGCUUCGUACCCUUUCUUAAUGCCCUCUACAACCUCAGAUUUAAGCGGCAAUGCAAUCAGUCUCUUAGACCAGAAUGUAAGAGCAUUUAGUCAAAUUAGAGCCAAUCUCUCCUCAUACAAGGCACAUGAUAACAUAGAUCUCUUCUAUCAGGCAAGGAACAACCUUAUCUCCAUCCAAAACGACAUGAAUAAUAUGCCUGGCUUGAUGAGCCAGAUGCCCCCAUUGCCGGUUGCAAUGGAUGAUGAUCUUUCAGCUACCUUAAUGAGUUAUUCAACUUUGGCGCUGCCUUUCAACACAAUGCAAAAUGGCGGUUUCCAUAUGAAGCAAGAGCCUUUUGGGUGACUUGUGAAGUCAAUCGGUUUCCCUUAAUUACCUGUAAAUUAUCUUAAAAGAAGCUGGAGAGCUCACUAUAUAUAUAUAUAUAUAGUUUUUUUUCUUUCUUUUCAUCUUUAUCUCAAGUUUGUAGAAAUGUGAUUCUUUCGUGUCACCAAAGAUCUUUGAAGCAGUGCCAUAAUCUUGAGGAAAGGAGUAGUCUUGGUCCUGGCUCCAGACCCAAAACCCUCUUGACAAGGUCUAUAGAUUGAUCACCUUAGUUAAAUGUUGUUGUCGACUUCUAAGCGAUUUGUGUAAUAUGAUAUAUGAUUCUAUGGGAAAUAGAAGAGCGUGUUUAGAUUUGUA